GGGAAGGAGAGGAGGGAGCGAAGGGCCGCGAUGCCGCUCUACGAGGGCUCGGCAGCGGCGGGGAGAAAACCCGCCGUGGUGAUCGACGCUGGGACAGGCCUUUCACCAAGUGAGUGUGGCUUUGCAGGAGAAACAGGACCAAGAUGCAUCAUCCCCAGUGAGAUAAAGAAACCUGAUGUCUCAAAGCCUGUCAGGGUGGUUCAGUACAACAUCAACACUGAAGAGCUGUAUUCCUACCUGAAGGAAUUUAUCCACAUGCUGUAUUUCAGGCACCUGCUGGUGAAUCCCCGAGACCGUCGCGUGGUGAUCAUAGAAUCGGUCCUGUGCCCUUCCCACUUCAGAGACACCCUCACAAGGGUCCUGUUCAAGCAUUUUGAGGUUCCAUCUGUUUUGUUUGCUCCAAGUCACCUGAUGUCUCUCCUGACCCUUGGGAUCAAUUCUGCCAUGGUGCUGGACUGUGGAUAUGCAGAAAGCUUGGUGCUGCCUAUCUAUGAAGGAAUUCCAAUCCUGAGCUGCUGGGGUUCCCUGCCCCUGGGAGGAAGGGCCAUCCACAAGGAGCUGGAGUACCAGUUGCUGGAGCAGUGCACAGUGGAUACAGGAUUAGCCAAAGGACAGAGCCUUCCAUCUGUGAUGGGCUCAGUUCCAGAAGACAUAGUAGAGGACAUAAAAGUCCGUACUUGCUUUGUGAGUGAUCUCCAACGUGGGCUGAAGAUCCAGGCAGCCAAGUUCAACAUUGAUGGCAGUGCUGAGCGUCCUUCACCGCCUCCAGACGUGGACUAUCCUUUGGAUGGAGAAAAGAUUCUCCAUGUGGUUGGCCCCAUCAGGGACUCCGUGGUGGAAAUACUGUUUGAACAGGAUAAUGAAGAGACAUCUGUUGCCACUUUGAUCUUGGAUUCCCUCGUUCAGUGCCCCAUAGACACCAGGAAGCAGCUGGCAGAGAACCUGGUGGUGAUCGGGGGCACCGCGAUGCUCCCGGGAUUCCUCCACAGGCUCAUGGCAGAGAUCAGGUACCUGGUGGAGAAACCCAAGUACAAGGAAGCACUGGCCACCAAAACCUUCAGGAUUCACACCCCACCUGCCAAACCCAACUGUGUGGCCUGGCUGGGAGGAGCCAUUUUUGGGGCACUCCAGGACAUACUUGGGAGCCGAUCCGUGUCCAAGGAAUAUUACAGCCAGACAGGCCGCAUUCCCGACUGGUGCUGUCUGAACAAUCCUCCUCUGGAAAUGAUGUUUGACGUUGGAAAAGCACCCCCACCACUGAUGAAAAGGGCUUUUUCCACAGAGAAAUAAGCACCUGCACGUUACACAAGGAUUCUGCACCAUUUCAGAUACAUGUGCACUGGGUUUCGUUUUUUUUAUGAAGUACUUUGUGUGUAACACUAUUAAAUAUCAGCAACCUGGAUGUUUUCAGGGAGUGUAGGCACUAACACUAUUUAAAAACAUGUCCAGUUAUAGUUUAAAAACUUCACUCUGGCAACUCCUGUGCUCUUUUGUCUCGUUCUGAAGAAAUUCUGCACUGUCAUGAGUUGUACCCUCCUGAGUUGUUUGUUAUUUAUCUGUAUAGUAAAUGGCACUGCUGAGAGAA